UCAAACUCGGAUUGGAACUGGAUUUGAUUUUUUUCCGAGCCUCAGUCCAACAACAGCUUCAUCUUGGUCGGAGAACACCUUUAAACUGAUACGUCACUGAGAAUGAGCGAAAAUGAUCUCUGGAUUUUCCCAACAAGCCCUAACGUAAAAAAUUAGCCACAAGAACAAUAUGGAUGGGGCUCAUCGUUCUCGCAACCCUGUGCGUGUUGUGGUCGUUGUGGUAGUCUUUUUUCAUAAGGCCAUCAAUCAUUUCCACUAGAUGGGGCUGUUCCGAGCCAAACAAAGGAGGUUCCGCGAUAGAUCUCACGUGUGAACCCAUCGCCAUCCAAUCUUUUAUAGUCUUCUUCCACGAUGUUGUAUUUCAUCGGAUUGGGUCUGGGGGAUGCUCAAGACAUCACGGUCAAAGGCUUGGACAUCGUCAAGAAGUGUGACAAAGUCUUCCUGGAGCACUACACAUCCAUCCUGACUUGCGGUCAAGAAGCCUUGGAAAAGUUCUACGGCAAACCGCUCCUCUUAGCCGAUCGCGAUUUGGUGGAACAAGGCGCCGAGCAGAUUCUCAAUGCGGCUAAAGAGCAAGACGUGGCCUUCUUGGUGGUAGGUGAUCCUUUUGGUGCCACCACCCACAUGGAUCUCUUGUUGAGAGCCCAAGAACUCGAGAUCCCUACGCAGACCGUGCACAAUGCCAGUAUCAUGAAUGCCAUUGGCGCGUGUGGCUUGCAGUUAUAUCAGUUCGGCGAAACGGUCUCGAUCCCCUUCUGGACGGACACAUGGAAACCCGAGAGCUUCUAUGAGAAGAUCAUCAGUAACUCGGAACGGGGCUUACAUACUUUGUGUCUCCUGGACAUCAAGGUCAAGGAGCAGAGCGAAGAAAACCUCAUCAAAGGUCGUAAGAUAUAUGAUCCGCCUCGUUUCAUGACAACGCAACAAGCGGCAAAUCAACUGAUCGAGACCGUGAAACGACGCAAAUUGGAGUCCUUACCCACACCCGUGGACGAGAAGGUCCAAUGCAUCGCGGUGGCCCGCAUCGGAUCCGAGACGCAAAAGAUGGUGACGCGGUGUCUGGACGAGAUGCAAUUCAUCGACAUGGGUCCCCCAUUGCAUUCCCUCGUGAUUGUGGGUCGAUUGCAUCCGUUGGAGAUGGACGCUCUCAAGAUGCAUGCUUUGCCGUACUAGGAUUUCUUUGGAUCAAAUGAACAUGAAAACAAUAAUGAUUACAAUAGUCCUGGCUUAAUCGUGGGCCCGGAAGGACAUCUUGA